UCAGUGUUGGCGCAGCACAACAGCGCCCCCCUCCGCGCUGUUUCCUGUCUCCAUGACAACGUACGUAAAGCCGUGUAAAGCCUCAGAAAAGCUGCUCGGCGGAGCGGAGGGAGAUCGGCGGGGGGACGCCGCUGCGGAGCCGCUCAAACGGAUGGUAAAUACGGCAAGCAGCCCGAGAUCCAUCCUACGGAGAAACAGACGCGGGUGAGCUAAUGUGGGACGUCCAGGGUGUGGCCACAUGGGAGAAGAUGAGCGAAGAGCUGCAGCGUGGUGUAAAAGCUGCUGAAUCGCAGGAUAACUAUGAGGAUGACUUUGAGAAAGAUCUGGACUGGCUGAUAGAGGAGGAAGCAAGGAGUGAAGACCAAGAGCAAGGAUAUGAGGACAUUGAGGCUGAAAUAGACAAAGAACUAGAGGAGGAAGAGAAGAGAGAAUGGAGCCAAAAGGAGGAAGAACAGUCAUCGGAGGGAGGAGAGAGUGAGAGAGACCAAAGGGUGGAGAGGGAGGGGGAGAGGGAGAGGUGGCCCUCCCCUAUGGAGCCCCUAGGCGAUGUCCCACACGGAGACUGCUCCCAUGGGGACUCGCUCCCUCUUUCAGCUGACAUGGAGGAGGAGGAGGAGAAGCUGGACGAUGAGAAGAAGUAUGUUCUGGAGAAGAUCCAGCAGGCUAACCGGCAGCUGCAGAAGCAGAGCUCCCCCAACCAGGACCGGCAGAGACGGCUGCAGUUCAAAGACACCCUGGUGGACCUGGUGGUGCCUCCUCUGGAGUACGAGAGGGACACAGAGGAGCAGGACGUUUCUGAGAGGAUGUCGGAGCUGCACAUCUCCAGCAUGCAGGCCGGGCCCACCGGAGCGAAGGAGGGCCGUGUUCUGGUUGAGAAGGACGGCAAGUUUGACUUGGUCAGUCUGAGGGAGGUGGAGAGUCAGGGGCUGCUGCCGCUGCUGUCCAGCCCCCCCGGCAAUGAACCAAACUCCCCCCGGCGCAGCCAGCAUUUCCUCGGCCAUAGCAGGGGCUCAGCACCAUAUACCACGAUAGGCUCUGGACCUCACCACGCCCCUAAACCCCCAUCUCGGUCCAGGAACCGACCCAGUUCAGCAGGCAACACUCAACAGACGAUAGCAGUGAAGCGUAGAGUGCAGUCGGCUAACAGCAAUGGCUCCUGCUCUACCUCCACCCUCUCACUGCAGCAGAAGGACCUGCAAGUGAAACUCCAGCGUAAGAGAGAGAGGCUGCACAGAGAGGAGCAACAGCGGAAGCAGGUAGAGGAGGAGCAGAGGCAGCAGGAGAAUGAGCGCGCCUUCCGGGCCUGGCUGUCCAGAAAGAGGGAGCAGCUGCAUGAGGAGCGACGCCUUCAGAGGGCCCAGGAGUUAGAGAGGAUGAGCUGCAAGAGGGAGCUCUCCAGCCCCCAUGAGACCUUUGAACUUUGGCUGCAGCGCAAACAGGAGCAGCAGGAGAAGCAGCGGCAGCUGGACGACAUGAGGAGGCUGGAGGAGGAGAGCACUUACUCCGUGCAUAAUCGUGACGAUUGUGAGAGGGCCUUCAAACUGUGGCUGAAGAAGAAACGGUUGGAGAAGAGAGCGGAACAGCAGGCAGCUCGUGAGCGCUCCCGCAGGAUGGUGAUGGAAGCGCGGCGGGCACGGCGCACCCAGGAUCUGCUCUGCUCCGUUGGUGACACACGGAACAUGCGUUUCACCGACCGCUGCAGCUAUCGCUUCUGAGCUCUACAUACACACUCUGCCCCCCCAUACCAUUCCGAAAAUGAAUUAUAUAUGUCUGUAUGUUUGGCAGGACUUUAUUGUUUAGCUAUAAUGAAUUAUAAAAUGUCCCUAUAGAAGUAGCUGUGUACAGUUGUAAAGUUCCUUUCCCAUGUUCUAUCACAAAAAUAAACAAUUUUAUAAGACA